AUGAAGGUUUUCCUAACAAGUUUGCUUCUGGUUUCACUGCUGCUAUGCUCUGCUCUAUUCCAAUGCGGCGUUGCUGACUCUCAAAGGGCAGCUCCUCAGCCUCCUGUUGCUCCCGGUCCAGCUGUUGCAGGUUCGGAAGUGUUUUGUAAUGCCAAGUGCGAGGGGAGAUGUGCGAAAGCUGGUGAACAAAAACGUUGCAAGAAAUAUUGCAUGAUUUGUUGCAGUGAGUGCAAGUGUGUUCCUUCUGGGACUUACGGAAAUAAGUCGGAGUGCCCUUGCUAUAGAGACAAGUUGAACUCCAAGGAGAAUCCCAAAUGCCCUUGA